AUGGUCCUGCAGGCGCGGAGCAAGCACCGGGACGCGGCUCCCAGGCCGCCCCGGCCGGCCCGCUCGUCGCCGCCGCCACUGAACGGGGCAUCCGAGGUGGCCGCUAGGGAGCUGGGACCGGAGCGCGCGCCGCCGUCGCCGGGGCGCAGGAGCACGGCAAGCAGGAAGGGGCCCCGCGCAGAGACCGCUGCGCCCGCCCCGGACGGCCUCGCGGGCCGCCUGGCGGCCGGGCUGCACUGGGCGCUGGGCCUGCGGCGCGGGCGCGGCCGGACCUGGAGCACGCUGCUGCUAGCUUCCUUUGCAGCCCUAUUGCACUGGAGCCACAUAACGCAGCUCUUUGAAAAUGAUCGGCAUUUUUCUCACCUCUCGACGCUGGAAAGGGAGAUGGCUUUCCGCACUGAAAUGGGGCUGUAUUAUUCUUACUUCAAGACCAUCGUGGAGGCGCCGUCGUUUUUGAGUGGGGUAUGGAUGAUAAUGAACGACAGGCUAACUGAGUACCCCCUAGUUAUCAACACCUUAAAAAGGUUCAACCUUUACCCCGAGGUGAUUUUAGCCAGCUGGUACCGGAUUUAUACCAAAAUAAUGGAUUUGAUUGGUAUUCAAACCAAGAUAUGCUGGACAGUCACCCGAGGAGAAGGACUCAGUCCAAUCGAAAGCUGUGAGGGACUGGGCGAUCCUGCUUGCUUUUAUGUUGCUGUAAUUUUUAUGUUAAAUGGAUUAAUGAUGGCACUAUUCUUCAUAUAUGGCACAUAUUUAAGUGGCAGCCGAUUGGGAGGCCUGGUCACAGUGCUGUGCUUCUUUUUCAAUCAUGGAGAGUGUACCCGAGUGAUGUGGACGCCGCCUCUCCGAGAAAGCUUCUCAUACCCAUUCCUUGUACUUCAGAUGUUGCUUGUGACUCAUAUUCUCAGGACUACACAACUUUACAGAGGGAGUUUGAUUGCACUCUGCAUUUCCAAUGUAUUCUUCAUGCUUCCUUGGCAGUUCGCCCAGUUUGUGCUUCUUACUCAGAUUGCAUCAUUAUUUGCAGUGUAUGUCGUGGGAUACAUUGAUACAUAUAAGUUACAGAAGAUCAUUUACACACAUAUGAUUUCCCUUGUGCUUUGUUUUGUGUUGAUGUUUGGGAACUCGAUGUUACUUACAUCUUACUAUGCAUCCUCUUUGGUAAUUAUUUGGGGCAUGCUGGCAAUGAAACCACAGUUCCUAAAAAUGAAUGUGUCUGAACUCAGCUUGUGGGUUAUCCAAGGGUGUUGCUGGUUGUUUGGGACGGUCACACUCAAGAGUCUGACUUCCAGGAUCUUUGGCAUUGCAGAUGAUGCUCAUAUUGGCAACUUAUUAACAUCAAAAUUCUUCAGUUACAAGGAUUUUGAUACUUUACUGUAUACUUGUGCAGCAGAGUUUGACUUCAUGGAGAAGGAGACUCCACUGAGAUACACGAAGACACUGCUGCUCCCGGUCGUUCUCGCCAUCGUCGCUGCCAUUGGUAGGAAGAUUAUUAAUGAUAUGCGGGGUGUCAUAGCUAACCAAGAGACAGAUGUAAGAAAACACCAAGUUGAUCAUGGAGAGUUGGUUUACCACGCUCUGCAGCUGUUUGCAUACACAGCCCUCGGUAUUCUGAUCAUGAGACUGAAGCUCUUCCUCACACCACACAUGUGUGUUAUGGCGUCCUUGAUCUGCUCCAGACAGCUGUUUGGAUGGCUCUUUGGCAAAGUGCAUCCUGGUGCUGUUGUCUUUGCUGUAUUAGCAGCAAUGUCUAUUCAAGGUUCUGCAAACCUACAGACCCAGUGGAACAUUGUAGGGGAGUUCAGCAACUUACCACAAGAAGAGCUCAUAGAAUGGAUCAGACACAGCACAAAACCAGAUGCAGUGUUUGCAGGCGCUAUGCCCACCAUGGCAAGUGUGAAGCUCUCCGCUCUCCGACCCGUGGUGAACCACCCACAUUAUGAAGAUGCAGGUCUAAGAGCCAGAACAAAAAUAGUAUAUUCAAUGUAUAGCCGAAAAGCACCUGAGGACGUGAAGAAGGAAUUGAUAAAAUUAAAAGUGAAUUAUUACAUUCUGGAAGAGUCAUGGUGCAUAAGAAGAUCCAAGCCUGGGUGCAGCAUGCCUGAAAUCUGGGAUGUGGAGGAUCCGGACAACGCUGGGAAAACACCCCUGUGUAACAUCUUGGUGAAGGAUUCCAAGCCUCACUUUACCACAGUGUUCCAGAACAGUGUUUACAAAGUCCUAGAAGUUAUCAGACAGUGACUGCACGGGCACCUGCCAGAGACCACAUCAGUAAUGGCUUUACUGCUUUGCCACUAACUCAGAUUGCAAACCUUUUAAAAGUCUCUCAAAGUAACUGUUUUCAAAUGGCAAACAUUUGAUUUGAUCAAUUUGCCAGUCUGAUUGUAAAAAUGACUUACACCAGAUCGAUUAGUUACUGUUUCAAUGCACCUGUUAAAAUUUGCUAUGCAAAUGAGUAUAUGCUUGUACUUGGUUUAAAUAUUUGUGUUACGGUGAACAAAGCCAUCUGUGUAGAAAUACAUCAUGGAUCUUGAUGAAACUGUAGUCACUUCUGGACUGGUUAGGGCCGUUACCACCCUGCUUCCUGUUUACCUCCUGGUCGCUGACCACGUCAGUGAGUCUGUGACUCCUGGUCUUGUCAGAUGCCUCAGCUCUCAGUCCAGGCAUAGCUGGCCCUGUUCACCUCACUUCCGGGUGCUCUUUUUGUUCUGUGUUGCUCUUGUGAACUGGGUGUCCUGCCUGUUGUUACCCAGACUCCUGGGUAUGGUGGCGAGGGCCAGCUCCUGUAGGUUCCAGCCACGUGGUGGUGUUUCUCCGCAGACAGACUGGUUUCUUUUCCACAUAAAUGUGAUCUUCUCUUUAGGUUGACUAGCAAGUGCUUAUUCUUGGUUAAAAAAUUAGUAAUUGAGUAUUUUUCUCAUUUUUAGUAUUAAUCAAAUAUUAUAUUUUAAUACCUUUAAUUCAUUUAAAAAUUUUUAUGAUUAAUCACACUUUUAGGAAAAACUAUUUUGGACAACCCCAAAUAUGAUGCAUCUAUAGCUUGAUAUAUAUAUAGAGAGAGAUAGCUUAUGGUGGACUGUAGUUUAUGCUAAUUUUACUUUCAGUAUUAAGAUAAAAUAAAAUCCAAGUAACUUCUGUCAAAAUGUAAAUGAACAGUUUUUUAUUUUGCUUUCAAAAUUGCCUGUCUUUAAUAAGACAAAGCUUUAAGCCUUAUAAUUUUGCCUCAAAAAAAAAAAAAAUCUCAGUGUGAGGAGUGCUUAUGCUCGAUCUUCUCCAGCGUGUCCUUGUUUUUUGGGUUUUUUGAGUUUUUUUGUUUUUUAAUUCGCAAAUAUGCUUCAAAUUUCUUAUACGAAUUUUGUUUCUUAAAAGUUAAUUUGUGUGAAAUGAGAUACUUCAAAACCAUAAUCUUCAUUGUUGUAAGAAAUGGUUUUGAGGUUUUAAAUUCUAAACAAACUGUGACCAUGGCUGACUACACAUUUAAUUAUACAGUCUUCUCUUUAUCAACCGCAGGCAGAUUAACCUCAGUGUGGAUUGUCCUUGAGACCUGAACCCUCAGGGAUGGCUUCCGGUGCCUACUCCUGGCAGCCUCGGAAGAGCCCUUCUCUUUCUGCCUUCUUCCCAGAGCCCAAGGACAAGCUUGUCUGGGGGCAUUGGUCACCUGCAAAGACAGACAGCACUUGCAACUGAGGAGCGAGGCCUCAGUGAGGAGCCGGCCUCACCAGCCAGGGUCCCCUCCCUGAAGCUGCCCGGGGACGGCCGUUCCCACUGUUGCAGACUGGCCAAGCUUCCUCAUCUGACGUUUAGUUUUAUUUCAUAAGCUUUUCCAACUCAGAAAACGGGAGCGGCUGGAGGUCAUGGUUUAGGAGUGCUUGAGCGAUGACGUGCUAAUGCAGAAGAAUGGAAACAGGGACAGGCGUGGGUGGGAAGGACACUCUCCCUGUCUCCUGCACAGCCAUUCUGCAGCCCAACAUGGCUGCUGUGUGGAUACAGCAGUUAGGAUUUUUUUUAAUCACCUUUUAAAAGUUAUUUUCUGUCCUUACCCUCUAACAAUUCCCUUCACAAUAAGUUCACGUGUGAUGAUGGGAAAUUCUGUACAGAGAAACAAAAUAUUAAAAUACUAUUAGAGCCAGUUCACACACUGGGAAACAUUAAAAGUAGUCUAAAUUAGUUUCUCUGCAGAAACCUUUUGUAAGUGUGUCUUAUGUAACUCCACCAGCAAGCUCUGCUUGUGUGCCAGGAAGGCAGCUUGGAGCUGAGGCCGUGGGGUCCCCUGUGUGCCUGGCCUCCAGCACGUGGUGGCAGCCAGUGCUCUGCGGCGUAAACACUUUGGCAGCCUGGAGCAGUGAUAGGUUUUAUGUAGCUGACAGUGCAGUAUUAAAGCUCAGUGUUCUGCAUAGUUUUUGCUUCAGUGUGAGGAAGGAAGGGAAGACGGGAGGCAAUCGAAUAGUUAUUAUUGUGACAUUAAAAAAGUGAGCUGGGAAAUCCGUCCAUUAAAACAUAAACCUCUAAAAUGCCUGGCAGAGUGUGUGCCAGCAGCACGAGGAGAAAACGGGAGGAUGUGUCUGAAAAAAGCAGUCCUGCACAGAAGUAUUGUAUUUUUAUGAAUUUUAUGCCCCUUGUUUACAUGUACUAUAUAUGUUAAAUAAAAAAAAAAUCCAUGAAA